GUACUCAUACUCACUGUCGCGGGCCCGAGCUCCCAGUGGCCAGGUACAGGAGAGUAGCCAGGACCUUUUAACGACGGGCAAUCCAAAAGACGACAUGGAACGCGAGGGGUGCGGAAGUUAUUUGUGGCUAUUUAUCGGCACGUGUCUCGUCGUACUCAUGGCGACCAUGGUGGCAAUUGUGGUCUACGUCGAGUGCUUCUACAAGUGGCGGUUUCCGCUCCGGAUUGACUGCAACUUGGAUCACGCGGGGCUGAACUACACCAAAUGUCUACAGCGAGGGUGCAAGUACGUAGUCACGGAUGGACACUUGCCCGUUUGUUUCUUCCCCGAAGGCUACGGCUAUGAACAACUUGGCGAUGUGACCGAGCAAGGCGAUGGAGGAUUCAGCAUUAGGCUUCGCAGAAAAGCGACCCCACCUUUGUUUGGAGGAGAGUUUAACGACGUCCUUUUCAGCGUCUCCUACGAGACGGACACCAGUCUCAGGUUGCAGGUGGCACCAGCGAACGUUAAAUUGGAACGACGGCCCAUGGCACAACGCAAAAGUACAUCGGAAAAAACGAGGAAGUACACCCUGUCGUACAGCGAACGGGGAGAAACCUUCGGCGUCGUUGUGACUCGCAGAGACAACGGGAAAAUCUUAUUUGACACCAGGUUACCGGGAACCGCUCUGGCGGAGCAGUUUCUUCAGAUAUCGACUCGAAUAGCGUCAGAAAAUGUAUUCGGGCUCGGAGGCGCCGGCUCCAAGUCAACUCUCAAGAACGACCUGAACUGGAGAGUUACAUCAUUCUUUACAGAGAAGGCACCGAACGACGAAUCAAACAGUCAUUCUGGAGCGCAUCCCUUCUACAUGGUAGUCGAGGAAGAUGGCAGAGCGCACGGAGUAUUUCUGAACACCAGCUACCCUAUGGAUGUUCUAAUGCAGCCGUCUAUGGCCACAUUUAGGACGAUCGGCGGUAUCUUGGAUUUUCACCUCUUUCUGGGCGAGUCUCCAGAGGACGUCAUUCGUCAGUUCACAGAGUUGAUCGGACGACCGGCGUUUCUACCUGUUUGGGCAUUGGGGCCCCAUUUGGCUCUCAGAGGAAACAAUAUCAGUCCGAACGCAGCGUUGUCCCUGGUUCAGAAGCUCAAAACAAGAGUCUUUGAAAUGUCAGCAGUGUAUAUAAAUUGGGGCUACACCGGAGUGGAGAAUGCUGCCGCUGAUUCCGGACUUUCGAAAAAAAUGCAUGCGGUCCGGGAACAACUCAAAACUACGGACGUGAGACUCUACUUAAGAGCCGAUCCUGUUGUAUUACUGGAAGACUCCUCAAGGGACGAGGUUAAAUCUUUCCUGCUCACAAAUUCCAAUCGAUCCCAGAGCACAGUUGGCGAUAUUGGCUUCAUUGAUUUCACCAAUGAAAAAGCUGUGGAAUUUUGGAAAACCAGGUGCAGCUUGCUUCAGGACAGGAUUGGGUUUGAUGGACUUGUUCUGGAACUCAAUGAGCCGAGUUAUCCGACUCAAGUGAACCAGACCCUUGGACGCUGUCCUGAUAACAAGUGGAAUCGGCCCCCUUACACCGUAGGCCAAAAGAAGAAUAUGUUUGAUAACACCAUUUGCGGUCAUGCGAUGCAGGAUGGAGGGACGCACUACAGUCUUCAUAACAUGUAUGGGUACCGCCAUUCUAAAGCAACGUGGAGAUGUCUGGAGCUCCUGGGUGCAAGGAAAAACGAAAGACAGGUCAUCCUGAGUAGUUCAACGUUUUCGGGAUCCGGACAAUAUGCUGGACAUUGGUUUCACGAGCCCGACUGCACCUGGGAAAAUCUUAAAAAGGCGGUGGUCAAAACCGUCGAGUUCUCAAUGUUAGGCGUGCCUCAUACUGGUGGUUCGUGCAGGUGCACAUCCAACCUAGAUGGCGUGUGCUUGGCAUGGAUGCAUGCAGCAGCCUUCUUUCCGCUCUUUAUAAACGAGGCCUCGGCCGAGAUGGAAGCAGAGGUCUCAAGCCUGUCAGACACAGAUGUCAACGCAACAACGGCAACACUGCUCGACGCGAAUUCAACUUGCCACGCGACGCGGCAUCAGUUGAUACCUUAUUUCUACACGCUGUCUCAUGAAGCUCACACGGAGGGAGUCCCUGCCGUUCGGCCUCUUUUUUUCGAAUUUCCCAAGGACAAAAAGGCUGCUGACGUUAGCUACCAGUUUAUGUGGGGCUCUUCUGUGCUGGUGUCUCCCAGAGUUGACAAGGGCCCUGAAGUGGAGGCAUAUUUUCCCCCAGGCAUCUGGUACAACUUUCACAACGGAAGUAUCAUCAAUGCAUCCAGUGGACAAACCAUCAUUUUCCCGGCUUCCGAAAGUCAAGCCCAUGUCCAUAUCAGAGGGGGGUACAUUGUUCCAACAUAUAUUCCUGAGCAACCGGCCAUCAGGGCACUAAGUCUCUUUGUUGCCCCAGACAGGGAAAGUAAAGCGGAUGGAGCUUUGUACUGGGACGACGGAAUCACGUACCAUGAGAACAUUCGAGAUGCGCCUCAUAUUAAAGGAACGUUCGCUUUUAAAACGGCUGGGAAAGAUUUUGAGAUGUCCAUAAACAUGAAAGAAAUCCAAAGUCCCGAUGAUUCCUGGAUGCUCACCAUUCAAGACGUGACAGUGCACGGGAUUCGUGAAGUCUCUAAUGUCUCACUGGAGAGCAGCGCAGGAAGGAAAGAUAUUUCGUUUACUCAUGACUCUGAGAUCGAAGUCCUGAGGAUAUCUCCAGUCAACAUUUCUUCAGGAAGCUACACAAUAAAAAUAUGGACUUAG